AUGGUGCCAAGCAGGUCCAUAGAAGAGGAGAGAAACCACACCUCCAUUGUCAUGUUUGUUCUCCUAGGAAUCACAGAUGACAAAGAACUUCAGCUUGUUCUCUUUCCAGUCUUCCUAGGGAUCUACCUGCUGACUUUACUGUGGAACCUGAGUCUCAUUAUCCUGAUCAGGAUGGAUUCCCAGCUGCACACACCCAUGUACUUUUUUCUCAGCUUCCUUGCCUUUAUAGACAUCUGUUACACUACUUCCAUUAGCCCACGGAUGCUCUCAGACUUCUUUAAAGAUGAAAAAAGCAUUUCCUUUAUUGCCUGUGCUACUCAGUACUUAGUUGCAUCGUGGAUGGGUCAGGCUGAGUUCUGCCUCCUGGCCGCCAUGGCCUAUGACAGAUACGUGGCCAUUGGUAACCCCCUGCAGUACUCAACCAUCAUGGCGCCUGGGCUCUGUCAGAAGAUGGUGACUGGGGCUCUUGGAAGUGGUCUCAUUUGUAGUUUACUUGAAACAGUUCCUUGCUUUAACCUCCACUACUGCGGGCCAAAUGUCGUCCAACACUUCUUCUGUAACAUAUCCGAGGUCCUCCUUUUGUCGUGCUCCAGUCCUCUCAUCACCCAAAUGAUUCUGUUUUUGGUAGUUUUAUUUGUUGGGUUUGGUUCCAUGCUCUUCAUCCUUUUAUCCUAUGCUUUCAUUGCCGCUUCCAUCCUGAAAAUAUCCUCUGCUAGAGGCAGCCUCAAGGCCUUCAACACCUGUGCCUCCCACCUGGCAGUCGUCACCCUCUUCUAUGGCACAGCCCUCUCUGUGUACAUGCAUCCUCGCUCAAGGCACUCUGAGAAGCAGGAUAAAGUGCUGUCAGUGUUCUAUGUCAUCAUUAUCCCCAUGUUAAACCCUCUCAUCUAUAGUCUGAGGAACAAAGAUAUCAAAGAGGCCCUCAAGAGGAUGAUAAAAAGGAAUCCACAUUUUUCUCAGUGA